AUGAACCCCUGCGGGGGGCGUGGGGGGUCGUUCCGUGUCACCACGGGGACAGCGCGGGGAGAUGACGUGUACACCAUCAACCUGGAGUCGCGCUACCUGCUGGUGCAGGGCGUCCCCGCGCUGGGCGUCAUGAGGGAGCUGGUGGAGCAGUUCGCGCUCUACGGUGCCGUCGAGGAGUAUCACGCUCUAGACGAAUACCCGGCGGAGCCGUUCACUGAAGUUUACCUCAUAAAACUCCAGAAGCUGCAUUGUGCAAGGGUGGCCAAGAAGAAAAUGGAUGAACGGAGCUUCUUUGGUAGUUUGCUCCAUGUGUGCUACGCUCCAGAGUUUGAAACAGUCCAAGAAACUCGGGAGAAGCUGCAGGAUAGAAGGAAGUAUAUAGCAAAAGCAACAAACCAAAGAGAUCACUUUCUUGCAAAAAGAGCAGAGGGACCUAAGAGGAUCAUCUCAGCAAACUCCGAGUACGAUGGCCAGCAGACUCCAUCGGAAUUCCCUGGAGCUGGUAACUGGGAGCCAGCUCCUUGCUUUCCAGAUUCUCAGUUGGUCCCGCAAAACAACGGAUAUCCUUCUGGGAAUCAUAAUCAGAGCCAGUUUGUGCUUCCCCGGAACACCAGUAACUGUGCUGAAACUUCUGGCUGCUUUGGUCAAACUCGGAACGUUCAAGCAGGACGUUUUCCACCCAUUCCUUCAGUGCAGGACCGAACAGCUCCCCUGGACAACGGAAUUGACAGGUUUCUGCCUCGUACAACUCGCCUGCAGGAGCGUAAGAGGAGGAGAGAGGAAGGUAACAGAUCUGCACUCCUGGGAACAUACAUGGACAGCACAGAAGUCCCUAUUGGUCCGCAGCUACCGGCAGUUCCCAAGGUGGAUAUGGAUGAUGAUUCAUUGAAUACUUCAGCUGCCUUAAUUCGAAAUAAGCUGAAGCAGGUGGCAGAUUCUGUUUCAGGGACAUCUGUGGAAAAGCUCCAGGAUAGCACAGCCAAGCCACUUGUAAAGCAAAGAAGAAGAAUAUAGAUACUGCUGGCAGCAUCUUUCUAUAAUCUUCUUUAAA